GUCAAGUCGGACCAAGUACCUACCAUAGUAAACAGUACCGAUAUAUUUCCAGGUUGCUUCCUAUCACAUGCCAGCCUUGUGUCUCCAACUCAUUUCCUCUUUACAACCUGCAAACUCAUAAUUCCACAAUUGAAUUUUACAUUACAAUGAGUGACGACGAGGAGAUCCAGGUUGAAGGACCGACUAUACCCGACGAUGACCCCAUGCGCGCGUUCUUGCCCACUUCAUUCGGGAAGAAACAUCGAGAGGCUGACAUCGCCGCGCAAAUCGACCGAAGUAAGAGAACCGUCAACGAGCCAACGGCACCCAAUCCUAAAUCUCGGGAAUCGGACUCGAAGAACACAAGUGACAGCGACAGCGACAGCGACGACGACUCGGACGAUUCGUAUGAUGAGGACGAGUAUCCGACUUCUCACGAGAUGGUCAUUAAGACUCAUGAUCGCGCUGUUACCACGCUUUCGUUAGACCCGGCGGGCGGACGACUUAUAUCAGGAUCUAUUGAUUGCACUGUCAAGCUUCACGAUCUUUCUUCCUUAACCCCGACUACGAUCCGUGCUUUCAGGAGCGUCGAUCCUUACGAAACUAAACCAUCGUCUGCAAGUACAGAGUCGCACCCGAUACACCAUGUCGAGUUCAACCCUCUUGCCGGGGGUCUCUUCCUCUGCAUAUCGGCACAUCCCCAAGCCAAAAUCGUGUCUCGAGAUGGCGAUAUCGUUACGGAAUUUGUCAAAGGCGAUAUGUACCUUCGAGAUAUGAAUAAUACCAAGGGCCACGUUUCCGAGGUCACAACAGGCACGUGGCAUCCUACAGACAGAAACCUAUGUGUUACGGCUGGGACGGAUAGCACAUUGCGUAUAUGGGACAUUAACAACAAGCGCAGCCAAAAGGAAGUAAUAGUCUUCAAGUCAAAAGCUGCUGGUGCUGCAGGGAGGACGCGAAUGACUGCCGUUGCUUGGGGCAGUCCAGCUCAGGGGGGCAAUAACAUCCUUAUUUCUGCAGCCCUGGAUGGAACACUUGUGAUGUGGGGUGGAAACGGCCCUUUCACACGACCGGCGGGUGAGAUUAGAGAAGCUCAUAAACCGAAUACCUGGACCGGUGGAAUAGAUAUCAGUUCUGACGGGCGAAUGGUGGUGACGAGAGGCGGCGACAACUUGAUCAAACUGUGGGAUACGCGGAAAUUUAAAGAGCCUCUUGUGACCGUGGAGCAUCCAUCUACAUCAGAUCAUUACCCAACCACCAACAUUAAGUAUGCACCAAAUUCUACUAGUAUUAUUACGGGCUCGGCAACGGGACAUCUUCACAUCUUAAACCCUGGAAAUCUACGGCCGGAAUAUACAACCCCAGUAACGCCAGGGUCGCCUGUGAUAACUGUGGACUGGCAUCCGAAGAUCAACCAGAUCAUUACUGGCUCCGCAAAUGCGGAAACACAUAUUUUAUAUAAUCCUACAAUGUCGACACGAGGUGCGGUAGAUGUCAUGUCACGCGCGCCGAAGAGACGGCACAUAGAUGACAAUCCAGAAUUUACCACUGAUCAAUCCCUCGGACUCUCUGGGGACGCAAUCAUUACCCCGGCCACUCUGCCGGGCACUAGGAAAACAGGCAUUACAGCAUCUGGAAAGUCGAAAGACCCUCGGAGACCACAUGUGCCUCAGCAAACACCAUUUAUGCGGAGUCAGCCUGACGAAAAGCAUAUCUCGGAGAAUAUUCCAUUGAGUCGUAUGUUGCACGAAGAUCCUAGAGAAGCGCUCUUGAAGUAUGCAGAUUUAGCGAAAAAGGACCCCGUUUUUACAAAGGCCUGGAAGAGUACGCAGCCAGUGACACAGUAUGCCGACGUCAGUGACGACGAAGAGGUAGAAGGACCAGAAAAGAAGAAGGCCAAGAGAUGAGAGGAUAUCGGAUAUCCACCUGCACUUAAUAGAGCGAUGCGCCAAGGCUCUUUUAAAGGACCGGCUCCUAAUAAGAGAUAACUUUCUUUUAGAGCUGUUUAUCCGAAAAACGACCUAGGAAGCUAGGUUAGGCACCUUUUAUAAAUUCAUGAAGCCUUAGGUAUCCGCAGGGAUGGGUAGGAUCCCCAGGACCCCUGGCAUUCCUUACAAGAAACCUACUACCAUAGUAGUACCUAAUGUAUGUAUGAAAGGUAGGCCCAUAGAUCGACAGGUCAGAUUUAUUCAAUUGGUAACUGGUAACAAAAGAGGCUCUUAGUAGCCGCAUUAGUAUCAGAUUGCUAGGUCAGAAUCAGGAUAACGCUAUACCAUAGGCAAACCGAAGGGUUCACGACAUGAUUUCCAAGAAAACAAACUACCCGAUUGGGAUGAAUGAACCCGACAAACAGAAAAAAAAAUCUUGGCCUUUGUCAUGGUUCGUUUAAUAUAGCAGAGCUUAUUGAACAAAUAUAUUUACAGUGUAUUAACAGCAUACAUAUAGGUAGUCGGAUGUAAAUGCAAAUGCAUUAGGUACGGAUAGGUAGCUGUAACGAGGUACUUGUGAUGAGGUACCUUAAAACAGUGAGAUGCAAUACAACAAAAAUGGAUUUGAGCCAAUAAAAAUUCUUUAAGAGUUACGCAUUGA